AUGAGCUGCAUUUUGGUUGGAAAUAAACGUGAAGACAGGAAAUAUCACCACAAUGGACGCGAGAACGGUUUUGUCGGUCCAAGGUUCAGACGUAACUAUGAAUUCAGCAACAGCCAUCAUCAUGUGAUCGUCAAGAGCUACAGUUCCGAUGGUGAUCAGCAUCAUCAUCAUCAUAUGCAAAACACCAUCGUCGAAGAAGAACCGGAAUGGGUGACUGCUGGUUCUACCUCGCGCUUGGACACAAUAGAGCUGCGUGGCUUUGAUGAUGACCUGUCGGUUUCGCAAUCAUCUUCCGAAAAGACGAACACCGAUGACGGGAAAAACUCCAAAAACUCGGGCAAGCAUAUCUCCUUCUACGACGAGCUGCACCAUUGCGAGCAUGUCCAUGCCAAGAAGAGCAGUGGCGACCAUCUCAAACCGCAUGACUCAUCCGGCGGGCGUGAAAAUGACAUUGAAAGUGUUACCACGUCCAACACUGGCUCACCGCCACCGGCCCGCAGUACCCCGACGAAGCAUUUGAACGAAUUCAACAACAUGAUGGAAGAUGCGCAGAAGCACAACAGCGGCGUCAACGUGAACAACUUUGAGGAGUUUAUGAAAUUUGAUUCACUGCUCGGCUCCGAUUCAGUUGCUGGAAACAAUGCGCAGUCUGGAUCACGCUUUAGCAAAUGGUUCCGCCGCGGUGGUAAUUCGUUCAACACAUCCUCCGGUCAAAACUAUGACGGUCGUCGAAAUGUUUCGUAUUUAUCGUCGGACAGCUAUGUCCAUGGAAACAAUAACCGUUAUCCGGCGGACCGCAACUAUUAUCAGCAAUAUCAUCCGCCUCGUUUCUCGUCGCAGGUCAACCAUGGGCCAGGGGACAUCCCAGCGGAUUCUAAUUCGGCUUUUAGGCGCCUGGUGGAUAUGAUGGCUCAGAAUCGCGUGAACAACAACUUGGUAGCCCAACAGCAAAAUCUCUUGCAGAUGCUGAACAAAAACCAGCAAAGCGAAAGUCUGCGUCGUAUGCUGAUCAAAAACACCGACAACGCAUCCGAUGCUAAUCGCCAGCAACCGUCGCAGGGUCCACGUGUUCCUACGCAAUUCGAGCUUCAGCUGCACACCCAAUCCAUCAUGCAGAAUGCGUUGCUCCGUAAAAAGUUGCAGGAUCACCGAAAGAUACUUCUCGAACAAAACAGCCAAAUUGCCGAAAUGACCGCUGUUGUUGCUAAAACGGAACCAAACGCGGAGGUACAGCAAUUUGUCAAAUCAGUUUCGCCAAACCUUCAACGCAGUCUAUCGAUUCUGAGUCAAACAGCCAAAAAUGGGGGCGGAGGAAAUUAUCGCUCGUUCAAUCAAACUUUCCCGAGCAGCAACGCCAGAAUGGGAAAUCAACCCUUCGCUAGCGCGUCGGAUCAUCCCGAUUUAUCGGCUUCGUUGCGCCAGAUGUUGUUACCCAAUCACCAUCAGCAGCAAGGAUCGCGUCCGUUUGGCAAUCGACGUCGUUUCGAGAAGCGAUCAGUCACGUGGAAAACCCCAAACUGAGCGGCAGCCGGUUUACUGCGUAUUCGAAACCGAUAGUGAAUUGAAUGCCACGUGGAUGAAAAAAUCAUCUGUUAGUUGGAAUAUUAGUAUUUCGAGCAUUUUUACUUUGCCACUUUUGUUUCAUAUUACCAUUUAUUCGUGUUUCGUUUUUUACCUACCUUUAGAUACUCAAUAAUGUCUCGUUUGUUUAUUUUCGUAUCAAUUCUUUUUUACGCUGAACGGAAUAAUUCGACUUCAGAGUUGUCGGAUGAGUCCUCGGGCAUAGAUGAAUACCAGUUUUUUUUCACGUUAGGGAAAUAGAUUUAAGACGAUUGUUUGUAUUUUGCAAGAACCAAUAGUUCUAUCCUUAUACCUCUUUUCCAUUUCUGAUGAAACAUUUAUCAUUCUUCACAAAUUUUGCCAAAUAAUUGUAUUAUCUCAAAAAGUAACACAUUACAUUAGUUUUACUCAGACUGAAUUGGCUAUAGUGGAUUUACAUUUUGAAUCUAAGACUUUAUAAUAAACAACAUUGAAUUUU